GGCCCAUAAGUAAACCCGUCCAUCUAACUGUUCGGCCAACCUUCGUCCCGCCGCAGUCCCUGGUUGUCGCCUGAGAGCCCCGAACAAGGAAAGCUUUCAAACGCCCUGCUAUUCGGCCGCCAUCUCCUCUUCCCCUUCCUAACCGGUGCUUUCUACCGGCAAACAUGACUUCCGGCGGCGGCGGCGAAGUUGAAGUCAAGGAAGUGUUUAUAGGGGCAGGCUGUAACAGAAUAGUGAACAACGUUUCUUGGGGAGCCUGUGAUUUAGUGGCUUUUGGCGCUCAAAACGCCGUUGCCAUCUUCUCUCCUAAGUCUGCACAAAUUCUGACGACUCUUCCCGGUCACAACGCUUCUGUGAACUGCACUUAUUGGCUUCCAAGUAAUAAAUUUUCGUUUAGAGCCAAGCAUUUGAAGUGUCAUUAUCUGCUAUCUGGUGACUCUGAUGGUGCUAUUCACUUAUGGGAGUUGUCUCUUGUGGACCAGAAGUGGAGAAAUGUUUUACAACUACCAAAAUCACACAAGAAAGGCAUCACAUGUAUUACUGCACAUAUAAUUUCUGAAACGGUGGCAAUUGUUGCGUCUGCUUCUUCAGAUGGUUCAAUUUGUGUUUGGGAGGUUGUUUUCCCGUCUACCAAUGAAGGUAAUUGUACAUUGUUGUUGCUGGACUCGCUCAUGGUUGGUUCAAAAUCUAUGGUGGCACUUUCAUUAGCAGAAUUGCCUGGAAAUGUCAGUUAUAUGGUCCUGGCUAUGGGAGGCUUGGAUAAUAAGAUUCAUCUGUAUUGUGGGAAGAGAACUGGAGAGUUUGUUAAGGCAUGUGAGCUCAAAGGACAUACAGAUUGGAUUAGAAGUCUGGACUUCUCUUUGCCUAUGGGGAAAAAUGGAGAAGCAAACAGCAUUAUGCUUGUAAGCUCAUCUCAGGACAGAGGCAUACGCAUAUGGAAGAUGGCUCUUCAUGGUUCUUCACCUGACAUAAAUGGAGGAUGCAAAAAAGAAGAAAUAAGUUUAACAUCUUAUAUACAAGGUCCUAUAUUUACUGCUGGACCAUCAACUUACCAGGUAUCAUUAGAAUCUCUUUUGAUUGGACAUGAGGAUUGGGUAUAUUCGGUCCAAUGGCAGCCGCCUUCAGCUACAGAAAUAGAAGGGGUUCCAUGCUAUCAAUCUGAAAGCAUCCUUUCUGCAUCUAUGGACAAGACAAUGAUGAUUUGGAAGCCCGAGAAGACUUCAGGCAUCUGGAUGAAUGUGGUUACUGUUGGAGAGUUAAGUCAUUGUGCUUUAGGGUUUUAUGGUGGGCAUUGGAGCCCUAAUGGAGAUUCAAUUUUAGCACAUGGUUACGGUGGGUCUUUUCAUCUCUGGAGAAAUGUUGGUAUCAGUUCAGAUAACUGGAAACCUCAAAAGGUUCCCUCAGGACAUUUUGCUGCUGUCAUGGAUAUUUCAUGGGCCAGAUCUGGUGAUUAUAUUAUUUCAGUCAGCCAUGACCAGACAACUCGGAUUUUUGCUCCCUGGAAAAAUGUCAAUUCUCUUGAAGGAGGUUCUUGGCAUGAAAUUGCUCGACCUCAAGUUCAUGGUCAUGAUAUUAAUUGUGUCACCAUAAUACAAGGGAAGGGGAACCAUCGCUUUGUCAGUGGAGCUGAAGAGAAAGUUGCUAGAGUCUUUGAAGCUCCAUUAUCUUUUUUGAAGACAUUGAGUCAUGCCACACUGCAGAAUUUCGUGGCCACUGAAGAUCACCUUGUGGAUGUUCAGAUUUUGGGUGCUAAUAUGUCGGCUCUUGGCCUUUCACAGAAACCUAUUUAUGUUCACUCUGCUGAUAAGACACCAGAUAGGAGUGGAAAUGAAGGUAUUGACACCCUUGAAACCAUUCCCGAUGCAGUUCCUGUCGUUCUUACCGAACCUCCCAUUGAAGAUCAAUUGGCAUGGCAUACACUUUGGCCAGAGUCGCACAAACUUUAUGGUCAUGGGAAUGAGCUAUUUUCUAUAUGUUGUGAUCACAAGGGGAAGCUUGUUGCUUCAUCCUGUAAGGCACAAACGGCAUCAGUGGCAGAAAUAUGGCUUUGGGAGGUUGGUUCGUGGAAGGCAGUCAGUCGUUUGCAAUCUCACAGCUUGACAAUAACACAAAUGGAGUUUUCCCACGAUGACAGUAUGCUAUUGGCAGUCUCAAGGGAUCGCCAGUUUUCUGUUUUCAAAAUCCAGAGAACAGGCUCUGAUGAAAUCCACCAUGAGCUUAUAUCAAGGCAGGAGGCACACAGAAGAAUCAUAUGGUCAUGUUCUUGGAACCCACACGGUCAUGAGUUUGCAACAGGCUCUAGGGAUAAGACUGUGAAGAUAUGGGCUGUGACAGCUGAAUCUUCAGUUAAGCAGCUAACAACUCUCUCACAGUUCAAAUCUAGUGUCACCGCUUUAUCAUGGGUCGGUCUUGAUCCCAAAAGCAAUGGAUUCCUUGCAGUUGGAAUGGAAAAUGGCCUCCUUGAGUUGUGGAAUUUGUCUAUCAAUAGAACAGAUAAUGUUUGCUCAAAUGUAGUUGCUUCGGUCGUUAAACGUCUCGAUCCAUUUGUGUGCCAUGUUUCCUCGGUCAACCGCCUCGCAUGGAAGGAACCGGAGAAGAGUGGUGAAGAGUGCAGGAAGUUGCAACUUGCAUCCUGUGGCGCUGACCACUGUGUUAGAGUGUUUGAGAUAAAUGUUCCAGUAUGAAAAGGGAUAUAUCUUUGUAUUAUAGGUUGGAAUAUUGCUUGUUUUGUACAUUAUGAUCGGUUUUCAAUUUUGCCCCGACAGAAAGUAAGUAACACUCACUUAACUUUUAUCGUAUACAUUUUUUCCCAUCCUGUUUGGGCUGCUGAUCUGUAUAUUUAUUUCCAUUUCCAGUUCUAACCUUUUCUAAGGAAACAAUGGAUUAUAUUAUAUUUGGGAGUAAA